AAUGAAGGUCAAAUCUUUAUCACUGAUACUAUUGAAUUGGGUGCGUCACAUUUAUAGAGAGCCAGCUGCCGUGCCGAUUUCUCCAACCUUUGAGUCGUUCCAAAAAGUCGGCCUCAUUUUUGUUUUUUGUUCUUUGUUUUAUCAAGACCUCAUUUUGUAUGAUCGCAGUGACUCAAAGCCUAUGUGAUGGAGGAGUCAUUAGACUGACAACUAAAAGAUGUGGAUUUUGUAUUCAUUUUUGCAGCAGUUCAAGAGAAGAUGAGCUCCAAAAGGGCAAUAAGCUCUUUCAAUUUUACCCAUUUACACAUGUUUGAGAAAAUUUUACGCAACAUUCAUAGUCAUAGGCCAUCGUUUUCUCAACUAUACUCUCUUUGGGCAAAAGUAUCAAAAGAAUCGCAUGAUUAGAUAUCUUUGUUGUAGAACAUUGCCAACCCAUUGUAAAGGCAGGGGUUGGGUUCGCUUCCCACAAUGUGGGUUCUCAUCCCAAGCUGCCCAACUCACCCAAGACCACAUGAGCUUUACAGAGUUCGAUUCUCAUGCGUACGCCAGUUUGCUCCAAAGUUGUGUCAUAAACUGCAAUCCCACCACAGGAAAGGGCCUUCAUUGUGAUAUUCUGAAGAGAGGUGGUUGCUUGGAUUUAUUUGCGUGGAAUGUUCUACUCAACCUGUAUGUCAAAUCGGAUAUCUUGUUCGAUGCACUGAAGUUGUUCGAUGAAAUGGGUGAGAGAAACACCAUUUCGUUUGUUACGUUGAUUCAAGGAUGCACGCAAUCUCUUCGAUUUAUUGAGGCCAUUGAAUUAUUUGUGAGAUUACAUAGAGAAGGUCAUGAGCUUAACCCAUUUGUUUUUACUACAAUUUUGAAAUUGCUUGUGAAUAUGGAGUGGGCAGAGUUAGUUACGAGCAUUCACGCAUGCAUUUAUAAACUCGGUCAUGACUCCAAUGCUUUUGUUGGGACUGCCCUUAUUGAUGCCUAUGCUGUUUGUGGUCUUGUUGAUAUUGCUAGGGAAGUAUUUGAUGGAAUUAUUCAUAAGGACAUGGUUUCUUGGACUGGGAUGGUAUCUUGCUGUGCUGAAAAUGAUUUCUUUGAAGCUGCUGUAGAACUCUUUGCUCAAAUGAGGAUGGUGGGGUUAAAGCCGAACAAUUUUACAUUUUCAAGUGUUAUUAAGGCUUGUCUUGGCCUAGAGGCCUUUGACAUAGGAAAGAGCAUUCAUGGAUGUGCUCUAAAAAUGCGUUAUGAGAUGGAUCCUUAUGUAAGUGCUGCUCUGCUCGAUAUGUACACCAAGUGUGGAGACAUCGAGGAUGCUCGGCGAGUAUUUGAAGAGAUUCCCAAAAAUAAUGUGAUUCAUUGGAGUUUCAUGAUUGCAAGAUAUUCUCAGAGUAACCGGAGCAAAGAGGCCGUGGAACUAUUUUGUAGGAUGAGGCAAUCUUUAGUUAUUCCUAAUCAGUUUACUUUUGCUAGUGUUCUGCAAGCAUGCGCAACUAUGGAGGGUUUAGAUUUGGGGAAGCAGAUCCAUUGUAACAUACUGAAAAUUGGUCUUGAUUCAGAUGUAUUUGUUUCAAAUGCCCUCAUGGAUGUCUAUGCCAAAUGUGGAAGGAUGGAGAAUUCGGUGGAGCUAUUUAUGGGGUCGGUGUGUAAAAAUGAUGUUACUUGGAACACAAUAAUUGUUGGUUAUGUGCAGUUAGGAGAUGGGGAAAAAGCAUUGAAUCUGUUUUUGAAUAUGCUUGAAGACCGAGUGCAGGCAACCGAAGUGACCUACUCUAGUGUUCUUCGUGCUUGUGCUAGCUUAGCAGCCUUGGAGUCGGGUACUCAAAUUCAUUCCUUGACUAUUAAAACCACUUAUGACAAAGAUGCAGCGGUUUGUAAUGGUUUGAUAGACAUGUAUGCCAAGUGUGGGAGCAUUAAGGAUGCUCGUUUAGUAUUUGACAUGAUGAGCAAGUGGGAUGUAGUUUCAUGGAAUGCUAUGAUAUCAGGGUACUCUAUGCAUGGUUUGAGUGAUGAGGCUCUGAGAAUGUUUGAUAGGAUGCAGAAAAUGGAGAUUAAACCAAACGAGCUGACUUUUGUUGGUGUCCUUUCAGCGUGCAGCAACACAGGAUUGUUAGAUAGAGGGCAGGCUUACUUUACUUCAAUGGUAAGUGAUUAUGCCAUUGAACCUUGUAUAGAGCACUAUACUUGUAUGGUAGGACUUUUAGGGCGAUUAGGCCAUCUUAAAAAGGCUGCCAAGCUGAUUGAGGAAAUUCCAUUUGAGCCUAGUGUCAUGGUUUGGCGUUCUUUGCUUGGGGCUUGCAUCAUUCAUAAUGACAUUGAGCUUGCGAGGACUUCUGCCCAGCAUGUGCUUGAGAUGGAACCCCAUGAUGAGGCAGCCUAUGUGUUACUGUCAAACAUAUAUGCUACGGCAAAAAGAUGGGGUAAUGUAGCUUAUGUUAGGAAAAGCAUGAAGAAAAAAGGAGUAAAGAAGGAACCAGGACUAAGUUGGAUUGAGAACCAGGGGACAGUUCAUUAUUUCACUGUGGGGGAUGUUUCACACCCUGACAUUAAAUUAAUUUAUGGGAUGCUAGAGUGGUUCAACAUGAAAAGCAGGAAGGCAGGCUAUGUUCCUAACUGUGAUGUUAUUUUACUUGAUGUGGAGGAUGACGACAAGGAACGACUCUUAUGGGUGCACAGUGAGAGAUUAGCUCUAGCUUUUGGUCUUGUUAGGACACCAUCUGGAAGCCCCAUUCGUAUCAUAAAAAACCUUCGUAUAUGCCGUGACUGUCACUCUGCAAUUAAGUUUAUAUCAAAACUUGUGCAGCGAGAAAUUGUUAUCAGAGAUAUAAACCGAUUUCAUCACUUUAAGGAUGGGAUUUGCUCGUGUGGUGAUUACUGGUGAUGUGCCUUGACAACUCAACCAUUUCAGAAUGGCUGAAUUUGUCCAUCCCUAUGAGAAAUCAAAAGUCACUGAGAUUCAUUUUUUGGAGGUUGGACUCUUGCUUUCAUCUGGGUUUGGUACCAAAAAAAAACAUAUUGUAAAGAAAAGUUAAAUGGCCUUGAUAAAAAGCAGCUUCCGGCUUUCUGAAGUCAACGUGAAAUUAGUGUAUAUGGGAGAAUGGAGAUGGGAAAAAUCCAUCAUGAUUGUUCUAACCCAUUAUUGGAGUAAAUUUUUGUUUGCAUGCCAUGAGAAAGAGGAGGAGAAGGGAGGGCAAUUAGAAGUGGCAAAUUUAUGUAGCAGAUUUUAGAACUCAAUUCGUCUAGAUCAUGAUGCUGCUUCAUCUUCAUCUUUUUCGGUUAUAGGUUUGUUCUUUCAUUGAGUGGUGUCUCUAACCUUGCAUUUAUAGUUUUUAACAGUUCCAUGUUUCAAAAAAUUUAUCUCAAUUCGUCUAGAUCUGUAAGGUUAAUCCCAUGAUAUAAAUAUGUAAAUAAAUAAAGUAUAAAAACUAAUGUUUAUCUCAAAUAAUAUACCCUUAAUAUACCCAUGUGCUGGAUCAAAAUCAUUUAUAUGUUACCUUGAGGAGCAGGUAAGCUGCAAGACAACCCAAAUCAGAAUCACUAUAUAAGAUUGCAGACUUGAUUUACUAAUAGGGAUAUGAAUUGUUCAAAUUAAAAUAAAUAUUAGUGGGUUAACCUUCCAAUUCCAGAAAUUUUCAUUGGAUGGUGAAAAGAUUCUGAGAAUAUCAUGAAUAAAUGUGAUAAAACUUAUAAUCUUGUCAAAGGGUUCAGACUUUGCAUAAUUUGUUCUGCUAUGAGACCCAUCUGAUGGAUCUUAUUUGUCACGUGAUGAUGACACGGUGACCAUUUGCUGCAUGGGACCUAUGGUAGUACAGCUAGUAAAGCAAGCCCUUAGUCACAUUGGUAGAUUAUGCAAGAAUUUGAACAUUGUACUGAUGUUAGCAAGUGCACAAUGAGUACUCUCCAGCACUUCGUUCCCUUUUUUACCUUGGUGAUAUUAUAUGCUGGAAUUAAGCAUAACCUAGCCCUUCAUCAUACUGGUAAAAUAUGUUUUAACUUUGUACUGAUCCAAGCACUCUUUUCAGCAUUUUUUUAAAAUUUUGGUACCUUAGUAAAUAUUUUAUCUGAACAUUUAAGGGUUCAGAGAGACCUAUAUAUUUGCACACCUCUGUUGAAAAAAUUGUUAAGGAAUCAAAUAGAGAUGGUGACAGUUGAAUAGAAUGUCUGUAUUGAUGAAUAAUCUACUUUGAACGAAAACAUUGCUUAUGCAAAAUAGUUUCUUCGUUUAUGGAUUUGUUCUUUUAUAUUGAGGUUAAGGUUCUGAAUUCUGAUAAACAUGGAAGUCCAUACUUUGGCUUAUGGAUUUGUUCUUUUAUAUUGAGGUUAAGGUUCUGAAUUCUGAUAAACAUGGAAGUCCAUACUUUGGCUUAUAUUUUGACUUCUUCACAUGAAUACGAAGUAUAUGACUUAAAUAUUCAACUAAAAUAUCCUUACUGUGUGGUAAAUUGUGUUCCUAGCUUUGUUUAUUAUUUAUGUAUUUUUUUGAAUGAUGCUGCGAGAUCCAGAGUCAUGACAGGAAGUCAUUUAACAUUAAUUUGUACACGACAUGACACGCCUAGAAAGAGUUUAUUCAUCCAGAUGCUGGGGAGCUAUAUGUAAGAAUUUUAAAUGUUUAAUAUAUCAUCACACAGGUAAACUGAGUUUGUGAAAUUUUUAUCGUGUUAUAUAAAUUUGCAGCCAUACAUUUACCGAUAAUAACUACUAGGUCAACAUAUCAUUAUUAAUAUUUAUAAAAACUUUCAUUUUUUUUUUUUUUUUACUGAUUAUUUUUUUGUUUUAUCUGAAGGAAACCUGACUAGUCGAGUCAGUUUUGUUGAUGAAUACGUGAAAGUUGUAUUUUGCUUUGAAUAGGUUGAUGUAUGUACAUGGUUGUAAGAUAAAAUUAAUAUGAUAUUGUCUCGUUACAAUUUUUUAUAAUUGCAUGGAAGCUGGCUACAGGCAGUUUCCGAUGAUGCUACCUCAGACUACCGAUUAUCAUAUAAUUCGAGAUGUCGUCGGUGAUAACCGAUAAGUCAAGCUACAUGUGUGGGCUCCUUGUGGGCAUAACACCCACUUCAUCAGGUUAAUUCAUGAGAGCAGCAGCUCAUAGAAGGAUUGACGGACACAAAAAAGGGAGUCUUGCAAAAGAAAUGGAAAGAGUUAAAUAAUUGGAAGAGAAGAUCGAGCCAAGGAUGGAGGGUGACUUUUUGAUAAAGGAGAGGAUGCUUACUUUAUUUUUGUUAUUUCACAUUGUUUUCUUUUUUGAAUUAAAAAUACUUUAAUAUUUAUUUAUUUUAUAUAUUACUGUAGUUUUUGUCUA